UACAGAUAAAAAAACAUGUGGCGUUGUCGUAAAUCGUUGGAUUGCUACGCUAUUUUUUGUUAUUUUCGGUAAAGUGUAAUGUUUAUUGCGCAUUGAAUGAAAGUGAAAUAAUUCCAAUGGAUACAGAUAUUUUAAUUGAGAAUAAGGACUGUUUAUAUGGUGAAGAUUUUUUAGACCAGUUAAGCAAGGAUUACCAAUGGUCUUCAUUGCUGGACGCGACUGAUGCGUCACCAAGCGAGAUCUUGGCUGAUGCUGCGCCUAUCUUGGUGCCACCAAUAUCUCCCGUCCUGAGCAUCAAGUCCUCUCCUACAGAAAGCAGUAACUCUGAUUCUGGUAGUGAAGAUGAUUCCAAAAAUGGCUCUACAAGCACAUCUGAGAGGCAAUCAUCACAGUCACCAUUUGAUUGGAUGUCCAGCUUUGAUGAUGAACCCUCUAGCAACCUGAAACCAGAAGAUGUCGAACUAUUUCUACAGAAAACAGCACCUGUCACAAAUCCAUAUACAAAUGACACAAGUCAAAAAUACAAACCUUCUGAAAGAAAAGGACCUGUUGUGGCUAUUGAGAAUGGAGUUAUACAGCUGUCGGGAAUCAAAAGGUAUAAAACAGAAAAACCGAAAGUGGUACAAGUCACUAAUCCCCUUCAACCUGCCAUACAAAAUGGUAACGUAAACCUCCAGAAUGCUUACUUCAAAGUAGUCAACGAAAACAAUGUGAACUCGCUAGUUAGGGAGGACAAUAAAAUUGUCUUGAAUGAACAAAUUCGUCUAGUUGUCGAACAGAAGAAGGUCCCUAGUAUACUGAAGAGGCCCGUAGUGCCUACCACAGCGUCUGGUACAGUGAUACCUGCAGAUAGUACAAAGGGAGGAAUUAUAGCCAUAUCACCACUACAACACAACAUAAAUGGUGUUAAGGAUAAUGGAAUUCAUAUCAAGAUGUCACCACCAAAAAAUAACAUAGUAAUGAAUCAGAAAGUUGUACCGUCUUCCACGCCAGUACAAAAUAUUGUGUUGCCAGAGGUGGAGCAAGAAUGUCCCACCAGUCCAACGAUGAAUGCAUCCAGUCUAACUGAAGCCGAGAUCCGAGCUUUGAAGAAGCAACAGAGGAUGAUUAAAAAUCGGGAGUCAGCAUGUCAGUCUAGACAGAAGAAGAAAGAGUACGUGACUUCUUUGGAACAACAAUUAUUAGAAGCUCACCAAGAGAUAGCCAGGCUACGAUUAGAGAAUAAGCUACUGCGGGACCAAGUCGACACGAACGGGCGAGGGCGUAAGAUUCCUCGGCUCGACGCGUCGCUGCUCAUCCCCAAGAAAAAUAUUGCGGUUAUAUUCGCAAUGAUAUUUAUGGUUUCGUUAAAUUUCAACGUUUUAGGAUGGAAUAACAAACCAUUUGUCGGUCGUUCUGCGCCACAUAGCAGCAGCACAAGACAUCUGCUAUGGUCCGAGGAUACUUCAGAAACUCUUCCAGAUUACGAUCAAUCACUCAACCGAAGUACAGUUGGGACUGAUUGUAUGAACGUGACAAAAGGACCGGAAGUUUAUAUGAACCAGACGGAAAGUAGUAGGAUAGUGGGCGAGCUCAACCGGUGGAUUGGCGGCGGAAAGACUCUUAAUUGGACCUACAAUGUGCCUAGGAAGAAGCGUAAAGUUUAUAUCAAUGAAGAAAAAAUUGAUGGUGGCCUUUUGGAAACAUACAAGUUAUUCAGCAAGUUGAACAUAGAUGGUGGCUUAGUGGACUUCCCGAGCACUAACAAAAGGAACAUAAAAGAAAAAGCUCGGCUACGCAGGCUGAGAAGAAACAAAGAAAUAGACUUCGACAACCCUGUUUAUGAAUACGAGGCCUUAUAUCGUAAGCCUAUAAGGGCGCCAGUGAGUGAUUAUGAUAUGAGUGAGUGGAAUGCCUUGUUGCAAGCACUACAGCGAAGGGACGAUACCUUCUAUGUAGUGGGUGUUGGGAAAGGAGAACAUUUACUACUACCCGCAGUCUCACAUAAUGAUACUAGACCGCCGAAGAUGGCGCUCAUUUUACCAGCUAGAUCUGGCAAUGAUUCCCUCAUGAACGACCAUGUGACCCUGAUGCAGAUCGACUGCUCCGUGGUGAACACAACAAUCGUCAAGUUGAAGUCAAACACAUUACCUGAAAGCUUAAGAAAAAAACCAGAACUCAAACCCGAAGACCGACCAGACAAGCGAACCCCAUAUCUUAAAACAUCGAAACCAGAAAUCGAUGACCCCUUAACAGAUGUACUACAAAACUCAAGCAAUAACGUGUCAAACUACCCAGUUAAGUUUAAGGGUAGUAACCAAAUCAACGAUCUAGAUAUAGGCAAAGAUGAAGACAAAGACUUAUUUGCUCAGUAUUUAAUGUCCAAAUAUGAGGAAUCGAAGAAUGAUUCGAAAAGUGCCGUUAGUAAGGAGAGGAACAGUAGGAGACCUGAAAAAAAAGUUAAAAGCAAUAACGUACUCAUAAAUAAGGGUGCAGUGUGAGUAGAAUUAAGGAGGAUGCCAAAGGACUGUAAUUUAUUUAGUGCAGGUGCACGCAAUUGUUAUGCUUUUAUAAGUUAGUCUAGGACUUAGGAGAAUGCUGUUAGUGACUAGCUAACUGAGAAAACAUAUUUUAGAUUUGGGAUUCUAAUUUUACGGGACUGGGGAACAAUGUAUUUUAAAAGUAGAUGUUUGUAUGCGCUUGCACUUUUACUUUGGUAAGCCAUAUGAUUAAAAUCACACAUUAGAUAUUAAGAGUAUAACACAGAUCUCAAACUACAUUUAUUUAAUGAUAAUACUUAAAUAGUGUACGUUUCUAAUAUGUGACGGAAGUCACUUGUUCCACUAACUUUUUAAUGGUGUAUCCCCAUAUUGUUGUUAAUCGUCUCUCUACCUACUACCCCUUGCACGGAACAUAGUACUUGAAUCAGUUUUCGUUUACUGUAAAUUACGACCUCCGAUAUAUCGAUAUUUAUAAUAAAAAUGACUGAUAUUGACAACUUAACAGAGAGUGUUGUGGUAAUGUAUAUCAUAUGAAAGGGAAAUAUGUCCCGAAAUAUGUUAAGAUAUUAGUUUUAGUCUUAGGUUUUAGCUUAACUUGUUUAGUUACAUGAAGAGAAAAGUAAUAUGUCUAUCAAAUUAAUUUAAUUUAUAUCUUCAAAUAUUGCUAUGACCUUGUUAUUGUUCUGUUACUUCUUUAUAUUUUAUUUCGUCCCUAAAGCAGUUAAAAAUAACUUUGUUUACAUUUUUUAAUAUCAUUAGUUUAAAUUGUAAUCUGUUAACAUGAAUAAAUGAUUUUAAUAAAUAAA